AUGGCUGCUGAAAGGUUUUGUGCAGCUCACGACCAUUUGUGCCACUCUCGUCAUCAGGAACGAAUAACGUGUACAAUCCCUGCUUGUCACCCCCACCCUCAGAAAAUUUGUUCGAUUCCUUCCAUUGCGUUGAAUGUUAAGGCAGACGUUUAUCACGUGUAUCAAGUCGUGCGUGCGAACGAAGUUCCAGUGGAGAAUAUAAUUCUCUUCGCCUAUGAAGAUAUCGCACACAAUCCCAAUUAA